CAAGAUGCAAGAAUGACCCUGUAGGGUGACUGUCCCCCUUGACCUCUAUGAUCAUCACUUACUGGUGUUCACAAAAACACACUGCUUGGCUCCAGGGUACUUACAGAAAUUGUCCCUGAAGAACAACCCUGAACCCCUGCAACCCUCUCCACGGUCCCUGAAAUCAGCCUUAUUUCCAGGGCACUGAGCAUCUAUCCAGUGUGAGCAUGAAGCAGCCACUGCUUCUUCAGAGAAGGAGUUCAAACCCCUUCCCCACCCAACCUCACCCCUGACCCACUGAUAGAAAAUAGGCAAUUAAAUGUCAUCUACACCUUUUUUUUUGGUAUGGGGUAUGGAGCUCAGGAUCUUGUGCUUCGGAGGCAGGCCGUGGCACCACUGAGCUAAAUCCCCAGCCAAGCUACACCCUUUUUUAAAAAAUAAAAAUAAAUUCAAGUGUUAAAAUAAAAAGAAAAGUAUGGACUUCCUGAGUUGCAAAUUACACUAUUAAAACCUCUAUGGAGGAAUACAGCACAUUCUUUUUAUUGCUGUUUAAAUCUUGGGCCCUUUGCAAAAUGAAAGCAGAAAGAAGGUUUUAACAUUUAUCUUGUGGGGCUUGAGCCACAGCUCACUGGUUGAGCACUUGCCCAGUAUGUGCCAGGCCCUGGUUCUACCUCCAGCACCCCAAACAAGCAAGCAAACCCAAUUAUCCCUCAACUCAUAUUGCUGAGUGAUCUGGGAUUUUUACUUGGCCCUUUGCAAAAUAAAAGUAGAAGUUUAUUAUAUUGCUCUGUAACCUGAAACUGUUGCUUCCACAGGAGAGGCCCAGCCUGGCUCCCGGUUCACCUGUCCAUUUGGUAGGCAAGGCUUGUGAUUUUGGACAGGGGAACUUGGGGCUGAGGAGGCAGUGAGUGAGAUGAAGGUGCCUGAGAAUUCCCAUCCUCCCCUGGAAUCCUCCUCCAGGGAUGGAAUGUUCCCAUGGCGAUGGGGGUGGGGAGCCAUGGGCUGGGAGUGGUCAGGUUCUGUUGCCCUGGAAACCAGCCAUCCACAGAGUCUGCAGUUGGGAAGAGGCAGGACCUAGGCCCAGCAUGGAGGAAAAGCGGGCUCCCAGUCCCCGUCCCACAUCCUCUGUCACAUCCACCCUGUCGGUGUUCGCAGAUGUGCCCCAAGCCCACAAGCUGGAAAGCAGCUUGUUAAAGGCCUACAAACAGGAUGAUGACCCUAACAAGAUGUUCCUGGUCUACAGAGUCUGCAUGACCGAGGACGGCCUCCCCUGGGUUUCCCUCGUGGUGCACAAGACCUGACUGCAGAUCACCCAGGACCCCUCUCUGAUCUACGAGUACCUGCCGGGCACAGGCCUGAAAUCAUUCACCCAGGCCUCCUUGGAGCUCCUCUUUGGCAAGCACAGCCCAGCCAUUGUGGAGAACAGGGCAGGGGGCGUGCACACUAUUGGCGAGAGUGGUGCCUUCCAGCUUGGGGCCCAGUUCCUCAGGAUGUGGCACAGGGAUGCUCAAAUAGUUUGCAUCGUCUCGUAUCAAAAAGAAAGUCACAGACUCAUCUUCCAGGACAUGGGCUUUAAGGUUCACGAAUACUGCCUCUGGGACCCCAAGCAUCGGUGCAUGGACUCCGACAUGUUCCUCGAUGUGGUAGAGAAUAUGCCAAGUGGCUGUAUCCUCGUGAUUGGGAAUCUUAUAGACUGCAGGUUGACACAGUCUCAGCGGGCCAAGCUGAUGUUCACCAUGAAGAGCAAGCAGAUAUUCCCAUUUUUUGACAUCCCCUGUCAAGGUUUAUCCACUGGUGACCUCGAAGAAGAUGUUGGAGUCUUACAGUACUUUGUAUCCUGGGGCUUUGAGUCCUUCUGCAGCCAGUCUCUGUCCAAGAAUUUUGGCAUUUAUGAUGAAGGUGUGGGCAUCCUUGCGGCUGUGGCACUAAGUAACAAGCAGCUACUGUGCGUCCAGUCCCAGCUGAUCAGCUGUGCCCAGGCACUGUGGCUGAGCCCUCCUGCCAGGGGAUCUCGUAUCAUCACCACCAUCCUCUGUAACCCUGCACUGCAAGAAGAGUGAAAGCUGACUCUAAAAGAAGUUGUAGAGAACAUGAUGCUGAUCAAGGAAAAGGUGAAGGAGAAGCUCCAUAUCCUGGGGACACCUGGGUCCUGGGACCACAUCACUAAGAAGACUGGGACCCAUGGUUAUCUUGGACUCAACUCCCAACAAGUACAAUACUUGAUCGAGAAGAAGCACAUCUACAUUCACAAGAACAGUCAGAUGAACUUCACCUGCAUCAAUGCCAGCAACAUAGAUUACAUCACCCAGAGCAUCAAUGAGGCUGUCCUCUCCACAAAGCACUCAGAGAAGUAGCUUUUGAAAAGAAGUGAUCCCUGGUGGGAAUAAAAGCUUUAGUCUUUACAAAAAGCUUGUGCUAAUUAUUCAUUGCAACAAUUCAUUUUUUUCAUUUACUAGUGAGGCAAUGGGCUAGCCUCAAUAAAGAAGGAAACAACAUGGAGAAGAAGGGAAUAUCUAUGUUCCUUGGCCAUCUUGUAUUUACUAAGCACCUAUUAUGUUAAGGCUCUAAGCUGGGUAUCAAAAGGGAAAGCAAAAAACAGAUACAAGCCUGUUGGGAGCAAUUCUACAUGAUUUUGGGGAAAAUCAUUUCAUAAUUAAAUCAUGAUUAGGGCCUAGUUUUCUGUUUACAGGCCAGCUACAGCAUGUCCAGAUAUAACUCCGUUUUCACCUCCAGUCACACCUAAGAUUCAAUGGUCCCGUGAUGCUGUGAUGCUCCAAGGCAGGACUACACCAGCUGGAGACAUCCUGGGAGGAACCAAAUCUUCAUCUGCAUACUUCCUCAUUGUUCUAGGAUCAUCACUGUGCUUUGCCCUCUAAGUCAAUUGCUACUUUUGUUUCUGCUGGUGUUCUGAAUAAAGGUGUGUCAAACUCAGGGUCUGGGGUCUUUGCUGCUCAGAGCGGCAUUGAUCAGGCCAAAGCUCAGCUUCUUCUCAAAGUCUUAUUUUUUCUAUCUUUCCUAUAUAAUAAAUUAAUUUACCUUGUGGUGUUGUGGCUCGCAGGAGACUAG